GCUUAUUAUUCUCUUCGCUAGCAGCAGUUGAUGAUCAGUCGCGUCUAGGGGCAGUUGGAAAAAUUUACUGUUCGCUGAGUCCAGUUACUAAGUAAUGAAUAGUAUUAAGGCAACAUAUAAACAUACUGCCGGUAAAGGUUUCUGAGCUUGAAGAACUCGCUUGUAAAACGCUUGUGGGGUUUUGGGUUGAAUAAUGCGGUAUAGAUAGUGGUGCAAAAGUGUAUAAGCGGAUCAUUUUCGUGAAAGAAAAACCAAGAGUUACUCCAAAAGGUUACUUCGCAAGUGCAGAAUUUUCAUUCCACACAGGACAGGAAGGAAAUUUAUACAGUUAACAGUGCAACCUGUGUCUGUGUUGGUGAUAUUAAAAAUUACGAUAAAAAAAGAAACAAAGAGUGCAGUUUGCCCAAGCGCAGAAUUUAAAGAAGAAACUUUAUUCCAUUUUGUUGGAUUACUGGGUAAAAGCGUAGGCAGCGGUCAUUCAGCCAUUCAGUCCUUUACCGCUAUGGGACCCGUUCUGGAACUAAACGACGAAGCAUCACUCGGGGAGUCUUCGUCGGAGGAUACAACGACUAGCUCAGACCUGAGGCUUGAGCUGACCCACGAUCUGAAGGAUCCGUCCGGUCGAAUGAGUGUGUCAGUUGGAUCUCCUGACAGUGUGCUUUCGACCAGCUUCUCGGUCAUUAACUAUGUGGGUAAAUCACAGCGCAAAACAUCGCAGCGACCCACGGUACGAGACCGCAAACCCUACAUCCGUCAGCAGGUGUCUCCUCAGACAAGUCGAGUGGAAUCGGCAGAUGACAAUACUAGCUCUUCAGUAGGAUCCUCAGUUGAUUACAGCUCAGAGAGCGCCUCUAUUAUAUCGAUUCCCAUAGUGGAAAACAUUGCGGACAUGGUAGAUCUUGACGAAAACAUGAACGCAGAUGAGCGUCCACAACUGCAACAACCACUGAACAUGGAAGAAAACCUAUACCGGCAGCCUCACGCUGGCUCACGCAAUCAGCGAUCUAUGAGCGUAUCGUCCAGUGGAUGUUCGAGCUCAAUGGAUGAUCGAAAUAGUAAUUUUUCUCCAUUAGGCAGCAUAAGCAGCUGUCGAUGUUCAUCGCUGAGUAUAUCAGAUUUCGACGAUGAUGGUUUUCGUGAAGACAACAGCGUUUCCUCUAUGUACUCGGUGCUGUCUUCGUCAAGGUCAUACCAGAGGCACCAUCAGCUGCACCAUCGCCAUCAAAACGUGCCACACCACCCGAACAAUACCAAGGGCUUGUUCGACAUUGCACUGAAGACUGUUAAAUUGAUCCGGCGUAAUCAGGAGCUGCAGACUAGGCUCGCUCAGCUGCAGCAGGAAACUAAAGCAUUCAUUGAGUCCGUAAUGGCCAAUCCGGAGAAUGAGCCAUUGCGAAAUCGUAUUCACGCGGCGAUUCCUAGCCGGACAAGCACACCCACGCUUGUGGUUCAGAAAUAAAUCUACACGGGACAGUAUGCCUCCUAGUCAGCGCACUUCCAAUCAAUAUUUCAAAAGAUUACAUUCAAACGCAGUUUGUGUGUACAAUUAUCCAUACUACAGGUUAUGGAGCUGAUUAUUUGUGUUUUUUCCCACAGAUGAUCGGAAAGAUCUACCGAAGCGCAUCAAAAACUGCUUAAAGGAACGAUGUUUUGUUAUAUAAAUACAUCUAGUAUUGAUUGACUAACGAUGAAGCUUUUGAAUAUUUUUUUCGUGUAAAAUGGAUAGUAUACAGUAAUUUAUUUGAUUAUUUUAUCUGUCAGUAAUGAUCUAGAACUAAUCAAUCACAACAAUCAUGUUUAUAUAAAACCAUAAGUGCGAGCUUCUCCCGCCGAUAGAAUACACGUUGCGUUGAACGCAUUGGUCGAAAGUCGAGUAAAUUUUGCAAUUUAAAUAUCUGAUUUCAUAGCCAUGUAGUUGGUAAACUUGACAAGCAAUCAUCCCUAACAUUUAUAUUAAUUGCAUUUAUUCGACGUAUGACGUAAGCCAAAAGGAGAUACAAAUAAGUAAACAAUGAACAUUCUGCAUAAAGUUUUUCGAUCGGUUCAGUUUUAAAAUCUUAAACUCUAAGGAUGCCUAGUGAUAGUUGCUUUUACAAUUAAAACAAGACUAAACAAUAAACAUUUAUAAGUUAUGAAAAUACUGUUAUUUAUUAUACCUCAUUCGAUUCAAGCUAUUAAAUAGUUGAUGAUAUAGAUUA